AGUGGCUCUUGGCCCCCACUGUACAUCAGCAGUCCUCGUCAUUCCGCCUUGGCAGAUCCCCGCAAACACGUGUGUGAGUGCCCAAUAGAGCCGAUUGCCGCCCCAUCGCCCCUCGUCCCAGGCCCUCGCCGCGGCAAAGUCGUAUCGGCGGUCGGGAGUGGGUGUUGCAACGCGCCUUGCCAUUCCCAGUCCGGCCGCGAGAUCCAGCGUCACGAAGCCGCUUCAUCGCGAGCUCGCAAUGACACCAGCGUAACACUCUGAUGCUGACACGCACUCGCGAAUACUGCACAGCAAUCCUUUCGAUAAAAACAUCGCCCUAGCAGCCCCCUUCUGAGCGUAUGGCCGACCCCUCGUCUCCGCUAUCCAUGGGGGACGACGGCGACCGACAUCCCAUGCUCCAUAGCGGCGGCGACGAUGCUGGACUCCAACGCAACGGCAACGGUCCCGUAGGGGCGCACUUCAGCCGCACAGCAUCCUCAGGUGUCUUCUCAGUAGCCUCCCUUUGCUCGCCAGACAACUCGGGCGUAUCAACGCCGCUGAGCACUGCAACACGGAGCCCGGACAAGAACGUCAAUACUCAGCGCGAAAUGAACGGCAGUAGUAGCAGCAGCAACAACAUCGACAAUGGCGCAGCGAACGGCUCGCAAGGAGAGGCAGCAACCAGUCGGGUGGAAAGCACAGAUGCUGCCGGUGACAAUGACGAGGCAGAUGCGGAGAGCGUUGUAGCCGUGGGCGGGCAGCCUGGGGGUGAUGAAGAGGGCGAGGACGAAGAUGACGAGGAGGGGGAAGGCGAGGGAGAGGGAGACGAGGAUGAGGACGACGAGGACGACGAGGAUGAAGAGGAUGACGACGAAGACGAUGAGGACGACGACGAGGACGACGACGACGGAGAUGACGUCUCAACGGCAUCCCAUGAAGCCCCAGCCAAGGAGGAAGCAGCCGACGGAUCCCAGCCUUCCGCAAAGGUCGACGCUGACGGGGACGCCGACAUGGUAUCAGCGCCAGCAGACGGAGCAGGUAGCAACGGCGACAGCACGGCGGCCGCGACCCCCAUCGCGGCGGCACCGAACGUCCUCACCGUCAAGAAGAAACAGAAGCGGAAGCAGCGAGAGCCCUCCGUCGACGUUUCUCUACCGAAGGGCCCUCCUCCUCUGCCUACCGUACGCUUCCAGAUCAAGGUCAGCACGGAGAACUACAUGGUCAAUGUUCCCGAGAAGCUGCACAAGAAGCUCAAGCAGGACAAUCACCCCUGGGCUGAGUGGUACGAGUCGCGCGAGGCAGGGCCGUCCAACUCCGGCGGCGCCGCAGCCUCGUCGUCUGCCAAGCCAGGUGGCGCAGGAUCACCGCCAGCAGAGGCAGAGUCUUUGGGAGACCUUGGACCAUUCGCUCAUCUCCUCAACAAGUACCCAGUCGGUGAGACGGGAGACAAGCCCAAGAGACGAAAGAAGCGCAGGAAGGAUGUCGAGGAGUACGACGUCAACGACCCGUUCGUCGACGACUCAGAGCUUCACGUUGAUGAACCUACGCACUCCGCCAAGCCCAUUUCGAAGGGCUUCUACGUGGCUGCUGGCGACAUUGAGCUCGAGAAGUUGCAGAAGAAGAGAGCAGGGGCCAAGGCGGCCGAUGGCGGCAGCCCUAAUGGACCCAUUGCAUCUGGCUCUGGCAGCGGUGGUGCUGGCGGUGGCAUGGCAGGAGUUGGCAUUGGAGGGGCUGGCGCACCUCCCUCGUACCUGAUCAACGGCACUCAGCUUGAGGUCUCCAACCGCAUGCUACAGCUACGGGCAGAAGAAAAGGGCCUCACUGAUACGCCCUCUCUCCCUCCUGAGAGCCUUGCCCCGGACGCUGUUGGUCUCGUCGACGCCUCAGCGCAGACCAAAGCCGCAGGCUCGCGAGACAGCCCCAUCAAAGUGGACGACGAGCCCGCCAACAAGAAGAAAAACUAUCCUACCAAACCCGUCGACCGGCGCCUCGCCGCCGAAUUUCAACAUAUCAAGAAUCUCGUUGCCUCCGAGGACUUUUCUGUCAAGCACAAGUUCCCUGUCACCCUCCGUCCUCCUUUGCGCAAGGCUGCUCGAGUGGCGUUGGAACUGGGAGAGUACAACGAGAACUUCUUCAACUACCUGCCCGCCAUCUUCCCUUAUAAUCGCUUCACAAUGAGCAAGCUGGUCAAGAGGGAGUUCUACGACGACCAUGCCGAGCUGCUGAAGCGCAAGCAGGAUGAGCUGCUUGACGAUCUGAGGGAGGCUGUACAGGAGGCGCUGCCUGCUCAUCGGGCCGAUUAUGAAGAGCAAAUGCAGAGAUGGAGGGAGCAGGGUGCGGUCGGCGGGCCAGGGGCCACAGCGGGAGCAGCAGGAAGCCCAACCAAUGGUACCAAUACGCCAGCGAUGGAAGGCGAGGCAGCCGCCGAGGGUGGUGACGACGAGGCGGCCGCAGCAUCCAAGUCUGGCGGCGAUUCUGCGCCUGUCCGCAAGUGGCGUUGGACAGAACGCAUGCGCGAAGACGUCUUCCAGAUCAUCCUCCUUGAGAACGGUCUCACCGAGCUACGCCAAGAGAAGGGCAGGCUGGAGAAUGUCACGGACCAGAUCAGCGAGCUCAACCAGCGCAAAGCGGCCUACAAGCGCAUGAUGGAGUGCUGGCCUUCUGAGGCUGGCGGAGAGGAGUGGACGACUACGACUGCUAUUUCGCGGGAGUUCAGUCUGACCAAGAAGAAGCACGAUCGCCAGAAUCACGCCAUGGUUGAGGCGAUGCAGAGUGGGUGAGGGCGAAAGUAGAAGGGCAAGUGUAGACCAAAGUCAAAUUCAUCGUGAUCGAAUCGGUCAUUGUGAUCGUCACCAAUGUGAGGAGUACACGUCGGUGUACCGCUG